CCAACGUUGUGGUUUGCUAGCGAACAUUAAACCGAAACAUUGAAGCGUUUAAGACAAAUCUUGUGUAUAUUACUCUUAGUGUUUUAAACACAAUUCUGUGUACAUAUCUACUCGUUCAUUGAAACGUAUAUUGCUUGUUAAAUUAGCUAAUGUGGUAAAUUGAUAUUGCACUAGGCUAAUCGCCCGGAACAUGAGCUCACUAAUCUCGACGGAGAAAGAAGCUCUGGUGAAAGGAGAGGAAGAAGCUUUCAGGAUGAAAAGGGAGGAAGAGGAGUCUAUCACAUUGAAAGAAGAGGAUGAUAUUACAGUGAAAGAGGAAUAUGGGAACGAGGUUGUGGAAGAGGACGAGGUAGAAGCUUUCAGAAUCAAAAAGGAGGAAGAUGCCGUAAUUUUGAAAGAAGAGGAAGAACAUUUUGGAGUAAAAGAGGAAGAGGAGGCUAUCUCAAUUAAAGUGGAGAAGGAAGACGUUUUGGGAGUGAAAAAGGAUGAGGCUGAAGAUUCGAGUAAGACCAGAGAGAGACAUGACAAUCGUGGAUCUUCUGGGAAGCCUCAACAACAUCCUGAUGCUGACGAGGCAGAGGAGAGUCUCUCCAGAUCUGAACACCAGAUGGACAACGCUAGCCCUUCCUCCCUCCCGGAGUCCCCGUGUCGUGCCUCUCCCGGUAGCACCUUACUGCUGGGUAUGAAGAGGUUGUCUGUGCUGCUGGUGGACUGUAGGAAAACAACGGGGCUGAGUGGAACUGUGAGAGGAGGAGAAGAGAAGAAAGGAUCAGAUUUGACACAUCAAAGAGACAGACCAGGCUCAGAGGAACCAGAGCCAGGGACGUCCAAACCAGCAAGACGACACCACUGUUCCCACUGUGGAAAGGGUUGUAACCUCUUAUGGGAGCUGAAACAACAUGAGAGAAUACACACGGGGGAGAAGCCUUUCCACUGCUCCCAGUGUGGAAAAAGUUUUGGCCAUAAAGGAACCUCUUAUGGGAGCUGA